AUGAGUGUCUGUUCGGAGAGCUGCAUGAGCCAACAACCGGUGUGCGGUGGGAGUGGGAGCCUUGUGAGACCCUGUUGGACAGGCCUACCACCCUGUUUUCAGGUGACGAAGCUGGGUUACGACGCCGAUCAGAUGCCGUUAGCUCUACGGCCACGGUGCCCCUGCUGUGGGUGUAGGCAAAACCCCUUGCACGAGUUCAAAAUCUCCGAAGUGAAACGUGAUGGAUGUGCUUUCGAUCCCUGCUCCCCAUGCGAUAGUAAACUCUACGAGAGCUACUUUGAAUCCUUUGCUCUGCCCGCCGCAGCCGUCAGAAUGUCUUCAUGCUCCGACUCCCAAUCGGCACACGCUCCACUCAGUCUAACUGCAGCCAUUGCUACUCUCGACGCAAUAGGUGCCGUUGCUAAGUUCAUCACUUCGACAGACACGAACCAAAUGGACAUGGUCAACACAUUCGUGACGGAGGUGAAAAGUUAUACAGUUGAAACGCCCGACGGCGAGUUGUUGGUGAUCCGAGAUAACUGUGGAGUAGACAAUGCAGGAGCGGGAUCACGUCUCGAUCGCUUGUGGAAAAUUAAAUCUCGUGAAUGUGAAAGAAUUCCAAAGGGUCUCAUUAAAAUGGAUGGAUGUUUUGCGAGCAGCGCAUCUAAAGCGAGACCUCCCCUGUGGAUGAUCGGGGCGGCGUCACCCGUGAAGCAUAAAACAAGGCUACACAGAACGUCCAAAUCCGUGCCUCGCAAUUCUAAAAGGAGACCUGGGUCAUCUGACUUGCUUGUGUCGAACGCAAUGCCAUCAUGGCUCCGUCGAAUUGUCCACCCUCUGAGCAAGCCGAAGAAACCCCUAAAAUUACUCCAAGGUGAAGCUGUCAUACCACCAUCGAAGGUGAAUUCAGUGGCCACAGAGACUCAGUCUGAGGCAGAAGAGCCUGAAGAUAUUGUAGAAAAAUAUGAGAGACGUCUCCUAGCUGAAUUGGAAGAACUGGCCAAGAAUUGCAGAAGGCAGAACUACCUGGACGAUCUUCAUACCUUCAAUCCUACAAUCGCCACACUGGACAUGCGUGAGGAGAAUUUCGAAAGGCUCUGGUCUAAGGCCAGAUCAAGAGUAGAUAGACGGCUCACAAAGUCCAAACAAAAGCACUCUAGUAGACUGGAUGGUCUCUCCACAGGUGAUGCGCUCUCCUACUCCUGCCGCUCAAACCUCUCGGCACGGAAAUCGAACAGUAGUGGUGAGGAGAAUUUGACGAGUGAUUUGGACACUUUGAACGACUACAGUUGGAGGGGCAUGGAAUGCACUCCCGCCGUCAAUUCCAAGCCGAUCAUCAGAGUUCAAAGGAAGUUGAAAAAGGGGAGUAAUGUAGUUCCCUCUGUGAGGCCAAGGCGUUUAGGAGAGUAA